AACUAGCGGAAAGGAGAUUGAAGAAAAAGCCGUCAACAUGCCGAAGACGCUGCAGAAAGUACACAAGCACAUUGCGAAGAAGAGAGGCGCCGUUGAGGCUCUUCACGAGUUCAGCAGAGAUGCCAGAAGACUGCGCCGUGCCACCGCUAGAGAUGAUCGAGUCGCUCGAGUAUCCGCCAAUAUGUCGCGGGGUAGACAAACAUAUGUCGACCGCAUUUCCUACUUCUACGAGACCCUGCCCGAGGAUACGACAGCCAUGUCGGAAGACGAGAUGAAGGAUAUCGUGGCGAGGUAUAUCAACCGCAGUGUGCCUGAGAUUGAACAAUUACAGAGUGAGCGACGGAAAGGCAGGCCUCCAAGCAAGCGGGAAGAAGCGUUGCUGCAACGCACCGAUGUUGAAAAUAAGGAGUUCAAAACGGGGUUUUGGAUGCCUGAUCUUAGUGACGAGAGUGUGAUUAAGUCGCUUAGAGCGUGGAAUGGAGACUGGUCUGGCUUGAGCACUAUGAAAUUCAUCCGGAUCACCAAGGAUGGAGGCAAGCAGCCUUCGAUAUUCCCUCCGAAAGGAAUGUCCUGAAAAUGUUUUCUUUGGUUUUUCGUUUCUUGAAAUGCUCUUUUUAGAUCAGUAUUGGAUACCCAUAUGCUGGAGUCGGAAGCUGCGGCGAACACUUCAUCACAUAAUGCGAAUGCCAUCGAC